AUGACAAUCGAGUUUGUGGUAAACCUCGAAAAUCACAAGAGAAGAAUUUGGAGCAUCUGCUGGAGCCCUGAUGGAAUUUUCCUCGCCUCCGUAGGAGCAGACAAAUAUAUAACCAUAUGGAUUAAAACAAAUAAAGACAAAAUAAAAAAGACAAAUGAAAGCACUAAAGUUUCGAAGAAAUUUAAAAUGUUUGCAGCAGGAACACACAAAUCAGGCAACAUAGAAUUUGAUAUAUAUGACAUUAUAGAAACUAAUCACGAUAAGUCGCUGCGACACAUUGAAUUUUCUCGAGACGGAAGCUUCUUUGUUGUUGCGUCGUUUGAUUCCAAGUGUUCCAUUUAUAAAAAAAAUAAUAAUGACAAAUGGGUUUUUUACAAAUCUUUGGAGGGGCACGAAAAGGAGGUAAAGUGUGCCUCAAUUCACCCCACCAACAAGUACAUAGUAACCUGCGGAAGGGACAAAAGCAUAUGGAUACACGCCAAGACGGAUGAGGUGAGACAUAAGGACGACGACCAGGGUGAAAGCACGGCAAACGGGGGCGAAGAGCACCCAAAAGGGGCGCACAAUGAGGAACAGGUAAAAAAGGAUUCACAAAAUGCUGCGCAGACAGAUGCACAAUGUGUCGACCUGGGAGAAAUUCACACGAACGCCGAGCCCCCAAAAGCCAAUAACCAUUUCGACGUCGACUUCGACUUCAAUUUUGACGCAUACCUAACGGCGCAUUCCGAAGACAUAAAGUUCGUCGCUUGGUGCCCUCUCAGCGAAAACACAUUCAUUUCGCUUUCGUAUGAUAACUCUUUAAAAAUUUGGAGUAAACAGAUAAGCGAAUGGAGUUGCGUACAGACCCUCAAUGAACACACAUCUGUGGUGUGGUGUGUUGCCUUCAAUUUUGAUGGUUCUGAAUUCGCUACCUGCUCAGAUGACAAAUCCAUAAGAAUAUGGAAGAGUGAAAAAAAGGUUUGGUACAAUAAACACAAGUACCCUUUUCUCUACCAGAAUAUAGUAAAGGACGCAAGGAAAUCAUCAAAUGAAAGUUCCUUCUGCUCCCUUAUAAAUAAGUCAAACGCCACAAUAGGGGAUAGUGCCACUGGUUUGAGAAAGCUACUCGCGAAUGAUAGCCGCGGGGAUAGUAACCAUAACAGUAAGAACGGUUCAAAGGAGAAAGGGUCCAAUGAUCGAAAUUUUCUCGAUAAAACAAGAAAACUGUUUCGAAAAAUAAGAGAACCGAUGAUCCAAGGGAGGGGUGAGAAAACCUCCGGCGGUCCAUCCAAUUUCGCCACAUUAAAUUAUUCAAAGGGGGACAAGGAGGUGCAGGCGGCCUUGAAGGUAGUCGUGCAGAAUAAUUUCGCCCCACUCUAUUUCCAUCAUGGCCUUUUCAAAUUUGUUUACAAGUAUGUAGAAGUGGAGGGGGGAGAGGAAGGGCUGUGUACACAGGGGGAGGCUUCCCCUGAGAAGAGAGAGGAACAAGGAGGCGACCCAGAAAAGGAAUCCACAAACGGGGCACACCCCAUCGCGAAUAGCGAACCGAAAAACGAACAGACAAAGGAACCAAAAAACGAACAGAAAAACGACGAGUGCAUGUCCAAGGUGUCCAAAGAUGGCGUCGAUCAACCAAAUACACAAGGCGCAGAUAUGUCGGACAAAAACCAGGAGAACGACGUGGAAAAAUUGAGCAACGGGGAAAAGACCUACAAACAGUGUGGACUCACCACCACGCAAGACGAACAACAAACGAUUAACCCAGUUUCAGAAAACAACAUCUCCUCUAUGAACAUAAUUCCAGAUCUCAGUGACAAAGAUAAAGAUUUAAAAAAUAUAUCGUUCGAUGACUGGAAAAUAAAACACGUGAUAGAAGGAUACCACAAGAGAAGCAUUAGCUACCUGGACUGGAAUUCUUACGAGGAUUUAAUUGCAGCGUCUUCCUUUGACAACUCUUUGAAAAUAUUUCAGAAGAAUCUGGACACGUGGAAUUUGAUAGAGAAUAUCGAAAAUGCUCAUUUGAGUGACGUCAAUUGUGUUGUGUGGUGCCCGCAGAAGUAUCAGGACUAUUUUUUACUGGCAACCGCCGGCGAUGACUGCGUCAUUAACAUAUGGAAGUACACGAAGGGGUAA